CCCGAAUGUCGCGUGGGCGUCAACUCCAAGUGUUCCGCCACUUGUGGGGCAUCGAGCCGGCGGUGGACGUCGCAACCAACCUGAAAUUAGUUCCCCAGCUCAAGGCGCUGGGAUACAAGGGUGUCGAAGCCAGCUUGAGUGCGAUUCAAGCGCACGGAGGAGCGGCAUUCCUCGACGAGCUCAAGGCCCAUGACAUGAACCUCAUUGUGGGGGUGUAUUCGGGAUGGACAGACUAUAUUCCUAAUGCGUGGGAAGAAAAGAGUGCCGACGAACACCUCAAGCAGUUCGAAGACGAAGUGAACCAGGCGCAUGCGCUGUCGUUGCGCCCCGUCAUGCUAAACGCACACGCGGGUUGCGAUCACUGGAGCGACCGCGAUUGCGUCGAGUUCUUCUCCGCAGCCUUAGAGCGCAUCCCCCAUACCGGCGACAUCCCCAUUGCUCACGAAACCCAUCGAGGUCGGGCGCUGUGGAACCCAUGGAGAACAUUGCACGUGCUCGAACAGUUUCCUUCCUUAAAACUCACGCUGGACUUUUCGCACUGGGUCGUCGCCGCCGAGCGCUUACUCGACUCGGAAUGGGACCACCAGUGGAUCGAGCGCGUUCUGCCGCACGUCCUCCACGUCCACGGACGCAUCGUCUCGGACGAAGCGCCCCAAGUCAUCGACCCGCGAGACCCACACGCCAAGCCCUUCGUGGACCGGUUCGAUCGCUUGUGGUCGCAGGUGUGGCAAGUCCAAGCGCGGAAGAACCUCAUCUCGACGUUCACGCCUGAAUAUGGGCCGUCGCCGUACACUCCGAUGGCCCCGUUCACCGGCGCGCCAUUGAGUGACGUGUGCGACGUGGUCAACUUCGAAACGCGUCGCCAACAAGCUCGCUUCGCCACGAAGUACAGUUUUCCACACUGAUCAUCUCGUGGUGGUGUUGCCGCCAUCUAAUAAUGUGUCAUUACUGGUUGAAUUUACGAUUAUAAGAUGAUUAUAAUAUGAUUAUCUCGUGUUGCG